CAAUUUUAUAGUAGUAGGAAAUGUUAAAACUAAAAGCGACAGAUUUCCCAUGAGUGUGAGUGUCAGAAGGCAAUGACUCAUUUAGUUAAUCGUGUGGAGAUCAUGAGGACUAGGUGCUGCUACAGAGAUUAGAGUGCGGUUUUUGUCUCUUCCCUGUCAGUCUUGUUUUGAAUCUUUUGACCCAUUAUUCAAGUUGUCAAAAGACAAAAGGAAUCAUGGCUGCAACAUGGGAGCUCGCAGAGUAUAAAGCUCCUCCUCCAUGUGCAGCCCCUUAUAACAUCUUUUUUGCAGCUUGUGCCUUGUGGUUGAGAUCGAUGAAGCUGACGUUAGUUUUGCACCCUGUACCAGAGCAUCUAGUAGCUAGAGAAGGGCUAAUGGCCAAAUAGAUAAUUCUUAAGUAAAUAAUGUUCCUCCUACAUGAUCAGAACACAACAAUCAGUCAUGGCCUAACAUUAGUUUCUCUUGCAGUUUGAACAGAGAAAUGAUGCCAGAUUGCCUGUCCAGUUUUGUCCCACAAAAUUAAAAGAGAUCAAAUACAAAGAAUUCAGCAUG